AUGAAGGUCCUGAGUCUAAACUUUUUGACCUGCGCCGUCAAGGCUUGCAAAUCCUCGUCCGACUCGUACCCUCUGCACCCCAAGGACGCCGAGCUGGUGCAGGACGACAUUGAGGUCAACCCGGAGCUGCUCAUCAACAUUCUGCCCCGCAUCGAUUGGAAGGCGCUCACCACUACUGCUACUGAGCUCGGCUUCCCAGCCCUGCCAGAGCAGGCCCCGACGGCAGAGGAACUGCAGGCCGACGAGCAAAAGCUCAAGGACCUGCACAACCUGCUCAUGGAGACGCAAAUCAUGGAGGGCAAACUCGUCUGUGGCCACUGUGGUCACGAGUACGCUGUCCGUGAAGGUAUUGCCAACUUUUUGCUGCCGAGCCAUUUGGUCUGA